AUGCAGCGAUGGGCGUUAUUGUUAUCUGCUCACCACUACGAUAUCAAGUACAGAAGGUCUGAGCAGCACUGCAGCUACUUUUGUUGGCCAGGUCUGGACGCAGCUAUCAAAGACAAGGUCAAGUCAUGUUCUGCAUGUCAACAGAUGAGGAACAUGCCUCAGCUAGCGCCACUACACCCAUGGGACUUCCCAGAGGAGCCUUGGCAGCGAGUUCACAUAGACUAUGCAGGCCCACUGGAGGAUCGUAUGUUCUUAGUCGUAGUUGACGCACACAGCAAAUGGCCUGAGGUCACAGUGAUGAAGAGCACCUCAGCGGAGAGAACCAUCGAAGAGCUAUGGUCAAUCUACAGUCGCUUCGGCUUGCCAACGCAACUCGUUAGUGAUAAUGGCCCCCAACUGGUGUCUGAAGAGUUCCGGUCAUUCAUGGAAGCAAAUGGAAUUCAGCACAUCAAGUCAGCGCCGUAUCACCCUGCAACGAACGGCCUCGCUGAAAGGUUUGUCCAAACGAUGAAGCAAGCUUUAAAAUCAUCACAAGGAAACGGCUCCCUCAAUAGGCGUCUAAACACCUUCCUCUUAACCUACAGAAACACUCCCCAUGCUACAACCAAAGUGGCACCCGCAUCAGCCAUAAUGAAAAGACAGCUUCGCACGCGACUCGACCUCCUGAGAUCUCCAAAGACGAAACAGGUUGUACAGACACAACAGAGAUCACAGGUGGAGAGACGGAGCAAAGCAAAAGACAGAAGCUUCAUAGCUGGAGAGAGAGUUCUUGCUCGGAACUACUGCAAAGAUCCAAAGUGGAUACCAGCCACAGUGGUUGCACAAACAGGGCCUGUGUCCUACACAGUUCAUACACCGGAAAACAUCAUCUGGAGGAGACACGUGGAUCAACUGUUGCCAGGAACCAAUCUCAGAGAUGACUCAUGUCAAGUGACAAACCAAGAUCAGCUACUGGAGACCUACCAUGACUACGAGCUAUCACCUGAACAUCCACUGCAGCAACCUACAAAUGUGGAAAGUGCUCCAGACUCACCUGAACCAGCCAGAGUGCCUACUCAGGGUACUGUUGCACCCCAGUCUGGGCAUACACCAUCACCACUCAGACUCAGAGAUAAUGUGACUGUAGACUCACCUGUACGUCGUCAUUAUCCUGCAAGAGAAAGACGACCCCCUGACAGGUUGACUAUUUAG